AUCAAAGGAUCCAUCUCGGAUUUCAUAGAUCCAAAACGGACUUUUUUUAAAAAACAUGAAUGCAAUGUGCUGAUGGGCUCAGUUCAAUUUUAUUUGAGACUUUGGGGGUUGGGGGUGGUCGAUGCUGCGAAUUCCCAGUAUCUGGAUUGAGGUGUUGGGAAGAGCCAUAUGUUGACAGCUCCUUCAGUGCCAGCCGGACCUGCCCUAACUUCCCGUUUCACGGCGAGCUGUCUUUUUGAUAACUGCAACGAGUUUUCUGGCUGAAUUCCAAACCAUGGGCUGAAUCAGAUUCGGGAUUGCCAGGAGAUACUGCCAAGCUGGAGGACGCAGUCGCGCAAUUCAGGAUGCAUGUAUCGGAUUGUGCAAACUACUGGUCUGGAUGGGAAGAACCUCCUUAAAUUAAUACCACUUUCCAACAUGCCUGGACACUACAUCCCAGCCAUUCCUCUUCCCAUUUCGGUGUCUACCACUGCUACCUCUUCCAAAGUAAAUGUGUCAACCGUGUUUCACAUGACAGCAUCGCCUAAAACAACAACUUGUAAUGCGCCAACGUGUUUUCCUGUGUUACAGCAUGCCAACACAGGAAAGAUUCUAAUAACAUCACUGGAAGGAUCAACCACCCAAACUGCAACAUCUCCCAUCAAUCCCUCACAGAACAAUACAUUUCCAGCAUCAGCAGUUCCAUCUUUGCAAUGUCCUAACCUAACAGCAGUUACUUUGCCUAGUCUACCUGUGCAGAAGGUACAAGCUACUCCGAGUUUAACUACAAGUCAAAAGUCUUCUGAUCUGAGAACAGUUAGUUUGCCUGCUUUACCAGUGCAGGGGACCCAAGCAUGUUCUACUUUGGCUCCUGAUCAAAUGGUUUAUAAUCUAUCAACAGCCACCUUCCCUGGUCCAUCUGUACAGACCAACCAAGCAUCGUCCACAUUGGCAAUUGACCAGAACACUUACAUGCUUUUAAAAUCUCCAGUGUUGCCCGCUGGCCAUCAUCUUCAGAUUCCUGCAAAUGCAGAAGUCAAAUCUGUUCCAGCAUCUUCUCUGCCCAUUGCUAUCCGGCAGAAGAUCUUGUCUACCACAGCAACCAAUUUCGUUAACACAACUGCGUCAGCAAUGACAUCUCCAACUGUCAUCUACGUUUGCCCAGUGAACACAGUGAAGACGGUGCAAAAGCGUCUCCAAAAUAUUCGUCCCAAAAAUAUUUUGAAUGUGCCCACAACUUCCACCACUGGUUUUAGCCCUGCUCUAAGUACAAAUAUCCCUCCUGUUGUUGCCUGUGGUGAAGUUGUUUCUAAUGCUGAGCAAAACUUGCCUAAGGAUAGUCCAAUGAAAUGGGUUGUGCAAGCAAAUCCACAGUCUUUAGCACACUGCCUUAUUCCAGUUAAAUCUUCCAACAAUCUGGCCUCAGAGAUCUUAAAGAGCUUGGCUGAUCAGCAGAACAUGGAGAGCGCCACUAACCUGAUACCGUUACCGGCUACUGCAUCUACACAAAUGGACUCUGACUUAUUUUCUCUAUUCAAGGAAAAUGCCCUAGUUAUGUACAAUGGUAAAGUCUACCUAGUUGUGCAGAAGAAUGGUGGAUUGCCCAGCUCGCACCCAGAAAGUGCUCCAGCUUCCACAAACCAUGCAGAAACGGACACUACAUUGCCUGCUGUUGUAUCACCUAUUGAUUUACUGACAAAAAUCAAAGAAGAACCAGAGGAUCCUGAUCCUAAAACUGCCACACAGGAGAACAAAUUUAUAAAUCAACCAAUAGAUUCAUGUACUACAACAGUCAGUCACCAGGACAGGAGUCAGGAUUUACCGGGCUCUCUGCAUGAGCAUUCUAAUUCGACUUGUGGGACUACACAAGGGGAAACCGAUGAACAGUUGUUGAAGAAAGCAGGAAUUUACACAUCUGUGCGAAUCUGCCUCACCAGAAUAUCCCAAAAGCAGCUGGACCAAUGGGAAAAGGGCACUUACACUGCAAACUCUAAGCCACCGGAGUUAUACUCUCAAUUACCCAAGAAAAUAGAUAACAUAAAGACUGAAGCGGUUUGUAAACAGACACAAGUGAUUUUGACGCCUCCAGCCAUUAAAACAGAGCCACCUAUAGAGACAGAAUAUUAUGCAACCCAUACAAAGGAGAUUGAGGUGAAACUUGAGCCUGAAUCUCCAGUGAAAAGAAAAGCAGAAAGCAUCCAGUCUUCACCUGCAGUUAAGAAGCAAUGCCUAAAACGAUUCAUUCCAAACUGGGAAUCUGAGCAUGCCUACAGCUGCCUUCCUGUAUACAAUACAGAAGCAGCCUCUCACAAUACAGAAGCAGCCUCUCACAAUACAGAAGCAGUCUCCCAAGUUGCCUCUCACUGUGAACAGGAGACAACCACCAGCUUUCUUGAGCCUAGCUCAGUGCUAAAUGAGAGCACUGGAAUGGUAUCCCCAUCUGGGAUGACUUUGGGAACUGGGACAGAAAGUGUAUCCAACUGCUUAGAUGUCUCCACAAUCCCUGUUCCUAUGGCCAGCACUUCAUCUCCCCCAAUGGAAUACACCGCUCCAACUGAGAUCAGUGCAGCAUGCAGUUACACUCCUCUCCCAUCCUCAAGUAUAGAUGAAAUUACACGCGAUGAGAAGAUCAAGCGGCUGAAGGCGAUUCUGAAGGAGAAAGAGGCUGCGCUGGAGGCAAUACGGAAGAAAAUGAUGAGGCCCAAAUCGCCAGAGAAGAGCAAAGGCAGACACCGCCAGCGCACCUCGAGCGCUAAGAAGUCACGGUGUAAGAAGUGGCUGUUGAACCGGGAGUCGGAGCACGCCUACAGCUGCCUCUCGGGCGGCGGUCAUAGCAAACCACCGGGGCAGCGUGCCAGCUCAACCCCGGCGGCGGAACACACCUCACCGGCCGUCGGCUCAGCUCCCAGCCAGAAAUCCCUCUCUCCACAUGAGGGGCUGCCUCCUCCCAGCACUGAGAAGAGCACCCGGGACGAGAAAAUCAAACGGCUGAAGGAGAUUCUGAAGGAAAAGGAAGCGGCGCUGGAGACAAUAAGGAGGAAGAGAGUUUCCAUGCCCUCCACCUAGACCUCCGAGGACAUACAGUCCUGAUCCUUCCAAGAACUGGUGUGCACCUUUCUGUAUGAUUCGCGUCUCGCCUUCGAGGUUACGAUAAUACAUAUGGGAAGUGUUUUAUCUUUUUAAAUGUUGUUUUCACUGUGACAUUGAAUAGAAUCCUUGCUAUCUCACAUUGCUGUGAAGUUAGCUGUUUAUAAUAAGGCUGACAAUUCUAAAAUAUUGUACAAUGUAAAGGAGGUUUUA